CUCCGCGAGAUUUGUAACACUCCGCGAGAUUUGAGUGCGAGAGUAGCGUAUGAUUGGUGAAUAAAUAUGAUAAAAGUGCGUGAAAGAAUCGUGUGCUUUGUAAAACAUUCACCCGAUUGUGACAAUAUCCUAAAAUAUUUUUGAAUUGAUAUUUAAUCAUUAAAAAUAAUCCCGAUUUUUAAAAAUAAUUUUCAGUCUGAUCUGAUUCUCGUCUCCUUUUUUCACUUUUGUUUACCAUGUGAUUACUGAUUCCUAGGCAAUUGCGUGAUCAUUUUAUGAAACUCGAUUGUUUCCGUGAUUAUUUAUAAUAUUUUAUUGUAUUUUUAAAUAAAGUUGUUGUUUUUUUAUUCCAGUAGAAUAUCGCGAUAACCCAUGCGUACGUGACUUCCGGCUGUCGCCCAACCUCAUGCGUUUCUCCGACAUUACGCGGGCAUCGCAUCAAGUAAUGGUUGUGCAGAAAGCAAUAAAAAUCACCCAGUAAUUACAUCCAAGAGCGACGAUUCUAACCGCCGCGACUCUAAUAGUUUGUUUCGGAAGCGAGGUGUAUUGCGCGGAAGUCCCCUCGGGACACACACACAGGCGGGCCGCCAUGAAGCUGACGGACAAUGUGCUGCGGAGCUUCAGGGUGGCGAAGGUUUUCCGGGAGAACUCGGACAAGAUUAACUGCUUCGACUUCAGCUCCAACGGAGAGUCCAUCAUAUCGAGCAGCGACGACGACUCGCUGGUGUUGUACGACUGCCAAGAGGGGAAACCGAAGAGGACCCUUUACAGUAAAAAGUAUGGAGUGGAUUUGAUCAGGUACACACAUGCAGCCAACACGGUCGUCUACAGUUCCAACAAAAUUGAUGAUACCAUCAGAUACUUGUCCCUUCAUGACAAUAAAUACAUCCGCUACUUCCCUGGGCACAGUAAAAGAGUUACCUCCCUCUCCAUGUCUCCUGUGGACGAUACCUUCAUUUCUGGAUCCCUGGAUAAAACCAUAAGGCUGUGGGAUCUGCGCUCACCUAACUGCCAGGGCCUCAUGCACCUCCAGGGCAAGCCGGUGUGCUCGUUUGAUCCCGAGGGUCUCAUUUUCUCCGCUGGCAUCAACUCAGAAAUGGUGAAGCUUUACGACCUUCGCUCAUUCGACAAGGGACCGUUCGCGACCUUCAAGCUGCAGUACGACAGGACGUGCGAGUGGACGGGCCUCAAGUUCAGCAACGACGGCAAACUCAUCCUCCUGUCCACCAACGGCGGCGCGCUCCGCAUCUUGGACGCAUUCAAAGGGGCCGUACUGCACUCCUUCGGGGGAUACAACAACAACAAAGGUGUCACACUGGAGGCCUCGUUCACACCCGACUCUCAGUUCGUCGUCAUCGGUUCCGAGGACGGCAAAAUUCACGUGUGGAACGCGGAGAGCGGCAUGAAGGUGGCCGUGCUGGACGGCAAGCACACGGGGCCCAUCACGUGCCUCCAGUUCAACCCCAAAUUCAUGACGUUCGCCAGCGCCUGCUCCAACAUGGCGUUCUGGCUGCCCACCAUCGAUGACUGAAAUGUAAGUCGACGGCCAGCAGGGGGCGGCACCGACUUGUCUUUGUCAAUAAAUUGUAAAUAUGUUGUGUCCAGGACUGACUGUGAACUGUAUGUUUUCG